GUCUCUCCUCCUCCUCUUCCUUCUAACAUGGCAAAGCUAGCAUUGCGUGAAUUGCUUCUGCUUCUCAUCUCUCUUGCGGCAGCCACACAAGGGGUUCAAGCCCUAAAUGCUGAAAGUUGGGCCAUAAGGCUUGAGACCCAAAAAGAGACCGUGACUAAUCUCCAAUUCUACUUCCAUGACACACUAAGUGGGAGCAACCCAAGCGCAGUUAGGGUGGCUCAAGCCAACAACACUGACAAAUCUCCAACCUUCUUUGGUUCUCUCAUGAUGGCGGAUGAUCCAUUGACCGAAUCGCCCGACCCGAAAUCGAAGCUCCUGGGCUAUGCACAAGGGCUUUAUGGAUCAGCUUGUCAGACUGAUGUGGGUCUAUUAAUGGCCAUGAAUUUUGAAUUCGUUGAUGGAAGCUAUAAUGGUAGUUCAAUUAGCCUUCUCGGCAAGAACUCGGCUUUGCAUCCGGUUCGAGAGAUGGCCAUUGUUGGUGGAACCGGACUUUUUAGGCUCGCUCGUGGUUAUGCGAUUGCUCAGACCAAUUGGCUUAAUCCUCUUACUGGUGAUGCUAUUGUUGGCUACAACGUUACGAUUGUUCAUUGAAGUAUAUAUUAUUAUAUUUAUUAGUUUUAUGCAAUCCUAUACAUAUAGUCUAAUUGGUACUCCUUCGGGAUUAUGAAUCUUCAUUGAUAACCCAAAUUAUUUUGUUUGUAAGUUUGGGCCAUUUACGUGUAGGUUGCACUACAAUAAUGUUAUUACUUAUUAUAAACAUGUUGGACA